GGCACUUCCGGGUUACACUGGAACUCCUAGCAGCUUCCGAGACGAUCCGAAACCUUUUAUUGUUGAGUCGUGAAUGUGACAAAACCGCUCGGACACGAUGAAAACAUUGCUUUUAGUCCUUUUCGCUCCCUGUUGGAUAAACGGCGCCGUUAAAUCAAGAUUUACCACGGAGGGAAAUCACGAACACAACCCAGAGUUGGAUCAUCUGAACGCCAUCCUGUCAGAUUAUGAAGUGCUGCCUCUGUCCGACCUCCAGCUGCACUCUGUGAGGAAGAGGGACGUCAACCCUCAGUCUCACCUGGAGCGCCUGGUGAGCUUCAGAGCCCUGCACAGAAAUUUCCAGCUCUACGUGACCACAAACACAGACCUUUUUACCGACAACUUCAAAGCUGUGUUUGUUAAUAAAAACGGAGAGGAGGAGAAAUAUGACGUUCAGCUUCAGAACUACUUCACUGGACACGUUGUUGGUGAGGAGAACUCACGAGUGCAGGCUCACAUCGACGGAGACGAGUUUUCUGCUCUCAUCCAGACAGAUGAAGCAGAAUAUAACGUAGAGCCCUUGUGGAGGUUUACAGAUUCCCCAGUUGGCAGCAGGUUGCUGGUUUAUCGAUCAGAAGAUAUCAAGAAUCUGAGCCGGAUCGCAUCUCCAAAAGUGUGCGGCUACAUCAGUUCAGAUGCAGCGAAUCUUCUGCCUGAGAAUAUCAGGAGCAGAUGGGAAAGGCUUAAGGAGACGGACUUUAAAAACGAAAGCCAACACAGAGAGAAAAGACAAGUCCAUGACCAUAAGAAGAAUACGUGCACCCUGCUGCUAGUUGCAGACUAUCGCUUCUACGAACACAUGGGCCGCGGACAGGAGAGCGUCACUCUCAACUACCUGAUCGAGCUGAUUGAUCGAGUUGACGACAUCUACAGAAACACCACCUGGGACGAUGAGUUUAAAGGCUACGGGGUGCAGAUCCAGCAGAUUAUUAUUAAUAAAGAGCCGACAAAGAGUCCCUAUGGUUCUGACGACAAAAGCUGGGUUCACUAUAAUAUGAAGGAUAGCCCCGUUGAAGGAAAGGAUGUCUGGGAUGUCAAGAAACUCUUGGAGCAAUUCAGCUCAGACAUCGCAGACAAUGCCUCCUCUGUGUGCCUGGCCCACCUCUUCACAUACCAGGAUUUUGAUCAGGGUACCCUGGGGCUGGCCUACGUCGCCCCAUCCAGACCUCACCCAUUGGGUGGCCUCUGCUCAGAACCCUACUACCCAUCUCACUCUGCCAAGAAACCCAGUUACCUCAACACAGGUCUGACCAGCACCAAGAACUAUGGCAAAACUAUACUCACUAAGGAAGCAGAUUUGGUGACGACUCACGAGCUGGGUCAUAACUUUGGAGCAGAACACGAUCCUGAUAACAUCGCUUCCUGUGCUCCCAGUGAUGACGACGGGGGGAAAUUUGUCAUGUACCCCAUUGCUGUUAGCGGAGACCAUGCUAACAACAAGCACUUCUCCACAUGCAGUAAGAUAUCCAUCGGCAAAACGUUGCGUCUCAAGGCUUCGAUCUGCUUCAAGGAGAGGAACAGUAAAGUCUGUGGAAACUCCAGGGUGGAGGCCGGGGAAGAAUGCGACCCCGGGUUACUCCACCUCAAUGAUGACAACUGCUGCACUGCAGACUGCAAGUUCAAAAAAGGCGCUAACUGCAGUGACAGAAACAGCCCGUGCUGUAAGAGCUGUCAGUUUAUGCAGGCUGGCACAAGAUGCCAGGAGCCCAUUAGUGCCACCUGUAAAGGCAAAUCUUCCUGCACAGGCAACAGCAGUCAGUGCCCUCCUCCUGAAAACGCUGCUGAUAACACGAUUUGUGUUGACAACGGCCGCUGCCAUAAAGGAGAGUGUAACCCCUUCUGUGAGGCCAUGCAGAACUUAAGGUCCUGCGCGUGCAACGAGACAAAUGAUUCCUGCAAAGUUUGCUGCAGGGGAAAAGAUGGCACCUGCUCCCCUUUUAACCAGACCACCGGCUUCCUUUACCUUCGCAAAGGCAAACCCUGCACAGUGGGCUUCUGUGACGGAAACGGCAAAUGCAUGAAGCAGGUUCAGGAUGUUAUUGAGAGGCUGUGGGAUUUUAUCGACAAACUGGACAUCAACACGUUUAGGAAGUUCUUGGCUGAUAACAUCGUGGGCUCAGUCGUGGUGUUUUCUCUCAUCGUUUGGAUUCCUCUCGGCUUCGUGGUUCACUAUGUGGACAAACGUCUUGACCAGCAGUAUGAAGAGAGUGCAAAGUACUUAUGCCCCCCUCAGAGUAGUCAAGACAAGCUGAACAACUUCGAGUUAACGCCCGUGCGCAUCGUCAAGCUUCCUCCACUUCACUCCUCCUCCUCCGCCGGCCGGACCGCGCCCUCUUCCCAGUCUCCGCCGCAGCCAAGCCAGGUUUGGGCCCCUCCCGCGGCCAGCAGUGCCCAGGACCCCGACCCGAGCUGCGACGGCAACCCGGACAGCGCCGGAGCCCUGCGGAUGGACACCAUCCCGGAGGACACCAGCAGCGACUCUCAUCUGGCAGAGGACGGUUUCACAACCGCAGGAGCCUCCUCGUCGGCUACGAAAUCCUCCUUCGGGGAUCUGACAGAACUGAACCCAGCAGCCAGGGACCGGCGCCGCCUCAUGAGGCAGGACCGCAUUGACACUAAAGAGACUGACUGCUGAGAGGAAACAGGUGGAGGAAGAACAAACGCGUCCUAAAUAUUUAAAGCUACAUGACUUUAGUGUUGGCUCCACAGGCAGCAGCAGAUUGUGUGGGUCAGAGUUCAGGUUGUGAAAUGUGGUUUUAUUUCAGUCACCUCUAAGUUGAAUAUUACUGUGAGUUCACAUCUUUGUGCCUUUUUAGUUGUAGGCUGAGGAAUCUACGAGGAUAACGGGCUUUCCUCGUAGCGCAGCUUUUAUGAUUCAAACACUUUGACUUGAGUUUCUGAAAAGGCUUUUCAGAAGUAAAAUAUUUAAAAAAUGAGCUACACUGAUCCUGAAGCACCCGGCUGUAUAUAAAGAAUAUAUUGUUUAGCAGUAGGCUUUGAUUUUGGAUCACCAGGAAAAGUCUCAUUUUAGCACACGCACUAAAUCCUUGUUCACCAAACUGGUUCCAUUUACAGCUGAUUUUGUUACAAGCGAGGAAACAUUUCAGUGGAGCUUCUUGAAUUCACACUAAAAUGGACAGAUCUGUCUCAAUGCUUCUAAAUGCACUUAGAUUUUUUUUAACAUCACUCUUUGUACACAUAAUUUGAGUGUAUUGAUGGGGUUGUGUGUGUACACUGUAAUGUACAAGGACUAGUUUUAGUAUCUUUUUUUACUUUAAUAUGAAACUGAAAGUUGGAUGAACAUGAGUUUUCUGAAAUGGGAUUGUUGACACAUGUGCUUUUUGUGGCGUUUGUUCUAUUGUGACUUAUUCAUGCGCAGCAGAAACUUCCCUGCCUUUCAUGACAUUCUGAAUUCGAUCUCGUCGCCCCCUCAGGUGCUCGGAUAUUGGUUUGGUUUUUGUACUCUAGUGCCAAUGUGAGCUCCGCACAUCAUUGUCUCACCACUGUUACCUGCUUCGUCACACGUCAACACUGUAAAACACUUCUUCUUGUAGGUCAAGAUAAGCAGAAGUUAAAUUUUAUACCAGACUAUAUGUAUAUUAUAACUGUCUUG